AUGGAAAUCGUGCCUGUGGUGCGCUCUUUCUCCGACACACUCAAUACACUGGCUGAGGCGGCCCUUGCUGAGUCAUCUCCCAUCAUGACAUCGGCAAAUCCUUGGCACAAUGCAUCUUCUCCUCAAGCAAUGAGUUCCUUACUGCCUGUUCUUCAGUGCUUCCUUCAAAAAGACCAUGAGCCUACUAUUUUGAUAGCUCUUCCCGCGGUUCUCUGGAGCAACACCCUUACAUUCCAUGGAACGUUGCCCAUUCCACUCCACAUUCAGCCACUCCUCCAGAGAAGCUUGGAACCUGGCAUACCAGCAUGCUUUCCAUUGAUCUCGUUCAGCGAGAAGGCCACUGAUGAGAACCACUGGGUUGGUGAUACUGCUGCCAAAAACGUUUCUGUGGAAUGUUUAUCGAGUCUGUCUUGGUCUGAGUGGGAGAGUUCCUUUACUACGUUCAAGGCCUUCUUCAAUGGUGGUGUUCGGAUCCUUCGGUCCAUCAAUAAGCUCCUGCCACUCUGUUAUAGGUUCGAUGGCUACACGAUAUUUGAGGAAGUUCAUGGACAGGUGUGGGGGUUGAAUGGAAGUUGUAGGCAAAUUCUUCUUCCUUCUCGAGGAGCGCUGCCUUUCGGGCCCUUGGUUUAG